GGGCCCCGCGGAGCGGGUUCCGAGCCGUGGCCGUUAGUCCCCGCCGGCGGUUGGGGCUCUUCGGCUGGCUCCCGUCCUACCGACCGCAGUGCCGGUGCUGCCCGGGGCCCUCGGGGCGCUGCCACCAUGCGUCCUGCUCUCCUCCUUCUGCUGCUCGGCUUGUUUAUCCAAGCCCUGCUAGCCCCUGCUCCCCGCCUGCAGCCACCACCGUUGCUGCUCACCUGCCCAGGCCCUCACAGACACAUCUCCCAAGGGCAUGACACACAGGGCUGUGUCGCAUGCCUGGGGAGCGGCACCGUGACGCUGCGCUACCAGCCGGCCCCAGGAGCAGGACCCGAGGCCAAGAAGGGAAGGAUGCAGCCGCCAGCCCCACCACACUGCCUCUGGUACCUCAACUCGGCCCGGGCGAGGAGCACCUCUGGCUGGGCAGGGCAGGUCACGCUGCACACAGGCCUCCCGAGGCCUGGACAUGCUCCUCUGCCCGCAGCCUCUGGCCUCGUCACAGUGCAGUGCUCGUCCAGUUUGUGCUCGGCACCCACGUGUCUUCACCGCAACAUUAGCAUCGUGAUGCUGUCCAGACAUGCUGUCUUCAACAGCACAGGCAUGUGCAGCGAUCGUGGAGGAGACGCCCCACGGUUGGUUCGUCGCUCUGCGCCACCCUUCCACCCAGAAGAAGAUGCAGGUCUUGUGGCAGAAGGGAGCGGCACCCCAAGGGGACUUGUGCCAGCUCUCUUGAGGCUUGCAGUCAGUAACAGCACCCUGAGAACAAUGCAAAUGGGGGUGCUUCGACAGGCAGCAGCCUGUAAGCUAAACUCUGUCAUAAUUCAAAAGCCUCUUCACACGUCUGUCAUACAUCAGAAAAGGGGCAUGACUUUCUACCUGUAUGCCAGAGUGCUAGUAGACUGCAGCCUCAGCUUGUCUAUAAAGCCGCAGUGGAUAUUCUAUGCUGUUCCAGACAUGAAAACGAAUCCGGACUGGGACAAACGUUUAAAUGUGUCCUCCCUGCACGGUGCAGACACGGUACAGCUAACUGUCCCCAGUUGUACUCUGAAUUACGGCAUGUAUCAGGUUUAUUUUACUGCUACAGUGUAUGUGCUUGGAACUAAAAGAUAUUUCAGUCGCACGGACAGAGUUUUCCUUCAGAUCGAGAGAAGUGAUCUAGUGGCAAAUAUCGCCGGAGGCACGUACCGGACGGUGGGUUUCUUAGAUCGUUGGACUCUUGAUGGCUCCGCGUCCUACGACCCCGAUUCGCAGGAGCCACUCGAGGGAAUCAUGUUUACUUGGUACUGUACUAAGAAGGUGUCGGACUAUGAGACCAUGAAAGUCAGUGCAGGACAGAAAUGUCAUCACUCCCAGAGGGACUUGAAAUGGCCAACACCUACAGGUUCCGUUCAAGCAGUGCCACCAGAAUUCCUCCCAGGAAACACUGCAUACCACUUCCGUCUGGUCAUUCAGAAGGACAGUAGAAAGAGCUAUGCCAAGCAGACCGUAGACGUGAAGCCUGGCUCCCCUCCUCUUCUGGCUGUGGCAUGCCUUGAGAACUGUGGCGGCACUGUCAUUCCGACGGAGAGGUUUACGUUGUCAGGAAAAUGCCUGAACUGUCCAACAAAGAGCCAGCCGGUCUACCUCUGGUCCCUUUGUUUGGAAAACUCUACUGAAAUCCUCUUUGACUGGUCUUCCAGAACCUCAACAGGCAGGUCUGGUCCUUACCUCUCUAUACAUGCUCUGACCUUUACAAAUACUGCGCAUCAGUCAUACAUGUUGCUCUUAAAAGUAACCACUCGGGGCGGUGGGUCAGCACUCUACAGAUACACAUUCAGAGUGAAUUCUCCUCCCAGGGCUGGAAAGUGCAGCAUCAGCCCACACCGGGGUACAGCCUUUCGGACUAAAUUUGUUGUCCAGUGCAAUGGAUUUUCCGACAGCGACUUACCUCUGACAUACAAAGUAAUAGUAGCUUCUGAUGUAUCCCAGACUGCCAAAAUAAGCUCGGUGGAGGAAAACACUUUUGGCACCAUUCUGUACGUUGGCUAUCAGCCUAGAACUCCUCCCUCUUUCCUGCCAGUUGGCAUGCCCUCUCGGAAGUCUACUUUGACCCUGUAUGUUCAAGUCAGUGAUUCUCUCGGGGCAUUUACCCAAGUGAGCUUAUAUAUCCGAGUGGAGAAUCCCGUGAAGAGUCGACCACUAGCUGUCAUCUUUCAUGAAAUGCUUGCCUCAGUGAGUGGUUUAAGCGCACCCAUGACAGCUUAUCUUCAGACCGGAGACUAUUUUAACGCUGGUUAUUUGGCUUAUCUUGCAGCUUCGGUCCUCAACUGCAUUAAAGCUGCACCAACAACCCAGAUACCCAAGGCUCAGUUUCGGGAAAGCCUGAUUAAAACAGCUCUAAAUAUUUCCAUUGAGAGUACGAUGGAAAUCAACCAAGUAGUUGCCUCCCUUUUUCAAGUCACAGAGGAACCAGAGGAAGUGAACAUUCGUUCACAAGAGAUUGCCAUUACAAAACUGACUGAAGUAACAAGAGUGCUGAAAAUACAGAGGAAUGAGAGCCACUGGUCUGAACAAACAGAAAUUCAGACCAGCGGAAUACUAAGGUGCUUGUCCAACAUCCUGAGGGCCGCUCUUCUGCCUCGCAGGAAUGUCAAUGUUGGCGGAGUCACGCAAGUCUUCUCCAUCAUGGAAAACUUAACAGAGAUAGUUUUCCAGGGCAAAGUCCCCGGAGAGACAGACACUGUCAUAGAAACAAAAAACUGGAACAUCACUCUGAAGAAGGAUGAAAACUGGAAUGUCACCAAUGCGUUCUCAGCCACAGAAACCUGCAGGAAUUGUUUCUAUCCAACACUGCAGAAAGGGCAGAAUUCAAGUCUGCCCCGCAACGCUGUCAUUUCCACUGCAGUUUUUGAGUUUGAUGACAAUCCUUUCCCAUGGCUAGGUUACAAAUCGGAAAUUGCAACAACCGUCUUGGGCUUCAAGAUGGCAGAGACCAAGGCUAAUGGGGAUCUGCAAGGGAUCCUGCCUGAAGAAGCGGACAUUCUUAUUGCAAGGAAGGAUACUGAAUCAUCAACUUUUCGAUUAGCAGUGGGACCUGAUAGAACAGAAACCUACACUACUGGAGGAUUUAGCCUUAACGUGAACAGAAAUACCAAGAUCGUAUACAUCCAGAUCCUGACAAAAUUAAAAGUGACCUUCCAGGUGGUAGUGUUUACAGGCACAAACGUCACUCAAGCUUUUCCUAUAGCCUCUUUUGAGGCUUUUCCCAAUAUGCCGACAGUUGCAAGCAAAACCAAGACGGCUAAUGCAGACUGUAACAUCAAGGCUCCUUAUGUUAUCUGUCUCCCAGAGUCACUGCUGAAAGCCGCAGCUCAAGGAAGCAGUGCCAACAGUCAGAACAUCUCCGUUGUUUUGCUGAUGCCCUACCUUGCAAGGUACCCAACCACGGGGCUGGUGAGCGUCAACAUCUUUAGUGACCAGUGCUUGUUUCUGGGUGGAGUUCAAAGUCAUUGGAGGGAAGACCUGUGCAGGCUUGGCCCCUUGACUGACUGGCAGAGGGUACACUGCAUCUGCAAGAUGAAGCAGAGUCACAGAAGUCUGUCAGUCCGUGUGGCCUCAAAUGCAUCCACAUUCGACAUCAGGUUCCUGGCAGCCAAAGUAAUAGUUACUCCUAACACGGUGGACCUGGAGAAGACACUCAUAGCAGACAUCCCUAAAAAUCCUGUGACACUGUUAACGGUGCUCUUCAUUUUUGCAGUCUACUUGCUCUUGUCCCUCUGGGCCAUGCAAAAAGACAGGGCUGACAGGGCCAGCAAAGACAAGAUUAUAGUUCUGCCUGACAAUGACCCCUUGGACAAAGAGAGCUUUUUGGUCACCUUAUACACAGGCAGUCGCUGGGGAGCUGGAACCAAAGCUGACGUUUUUCUCCAGCUCAUUGGUCAGAACGGCACAAGUGAUGUCCAUUGCUUACGGCACCCACAGGUUCCUUCUUUCCAUCAAGGAAGCACUGACCGCUUUCUUUUGACAACUAGGGAGGACUUAGGAGACAUCUGCGCCUUCAGGGUCUGGCACAAUAACAGGGGCCCAUCUCCUGGAUGGUUCUUAAGCAGAGCCAAAGUUGAAAACAUGUCCACUAGGAAGAUCUGGUUCUUUAUGUGCAGGAAGUGGCUUUCUGUCAACAAGGGAGACGGCUUACUGGAAAGGACAUUUUUUGUCACAAACCCCAAAGAUCCCCUACCCAGAAAGGACUACUUUUUGAUCCAUCUCUCCAAUAGUCUGACAGAGGGCCAUCUGUGGCUCUCAAUUUUUGCCCAUGUUCUUAAUGGCACUUUCUCCAGGCUCCAAAGGUUAUCUUCAUGUUUAACAAUCUUAUUAUUAAACCUGCUCGUUAACAUUAUGUUCUUUAAUGCUGACAAGGAAGAACAAUCUCCAAUACACUUGAGGUACUUGAGAUCAAUAAUAAUAGGAAUUGAAUGUGCUUUGGUUACGAUACCUGUGGAGAUGAUUAUCAUUGCCUUAUUUAAGUAUUCCCAGAAAGACCCAGCUGGAAGUCCACCCCUCCUUUCUGGAAGGCUUAAACGCUGGAAGGAACCUUUGCAAAAAUGGUACCUCUCAGAAACUUCAGCACAAUCUGAGAAUAAUAAUCCCCUGGAGAACUUUCCUGGUCCCAGCAAUGCACAGGGCCCACUGCCUCACCAAAGGACGAGCAACCAAGGAGCUCCCCAGAACUGGAGCAACUCCCCCAUUUCUGAAAGCAAUGCGAAUGCAACUGGAGAUGAGGAGCAGACGGCCAAAAAGAAUUCCCCUCCAAAGGCUCAGGCCUUGCAGAGAGGGCCACCCUCCAAUUCCAGUUUCAAUAAUAAAAACUCUGCAGAAGAAGGGGGCAACUUUCUGAAAGAAAGCAAGCCUCCAAGUGUCACCUCCAGGACCUUUCUCAAGACACCACAGGUGGUUUUUUGUUGGUGGUGCGUCUACCUCUCGUGGGCAUUGGUUAUAGCUGUAACUGGUGUAUCGUCAUUUUUCAUUGUACUGUAUGGUUUGUCUUACGGCUACCAGACUUCAAUGGAGUGGCUUUUAGCAUCGGCAGCCUCCUUUAUUCAGAAUGUGUUUUUCCUUUCUGUCCUAAAAAUUGUUUGUUACUCAGCUUUGAAUACAGUUCGUCCUAAAUGCUGUGAAAACAUUCCGUGGUUAACUCAGGAAAGUUAUUCUGAGAUUAAGCUGGACAAAGAAACACUGAGUGAAGAUGAGAUGAGGGAGAAGCACUUUAAACUUGCCCAAAUCAGAGGCACAAAGGAGUAUAAGCCUUUAGAAGCUGAAGAAAUUGCAAAGAUGCUGAAAAGGGCAAAAAUUAAAGCCAAGGCUUUCAUUUUCAUACGGGAUUUCAUUAGCCACCUUGUCUUUUUAGCUCUGGUACUACAUUUUGCCUAUUCCAGUGAGAACGCCAACGUUUUUCACUACAACCAAUUUAUUCAGAACCAGUUCUCUCCCAGACUCUCCCCUGUGGACAAGAUAGAAGAUGUUUACAUGUGGAUGAAUGAUGUCUUCUUGCCCUUGAUCCACAACAGUGUUCAGCCUUCCUUCCUUCCUGAGAGCUGGUCCAAAAUCAUUGGUUUGCCUAGGAUGAGGCAAAUACGGGCUAAACAGACUGAGAAAAAAUGUUUCCAUCCUCACAGCUUUGUAAAUAAAUUUGUGAUCAGCGAAAGCCACUGUCUUCAGAAAUACAGCAGGGGCACUGAAGAGAAAGGUGACUACGCUGGCAGUUGGUCAAAGAUUUCCAACCAGUCUGUUUCCAAGGAUGCCAGCAGUCAGCUUGGGUUUACUUACCAGCCAAACAGGACUCCGUGGAGUUAUUACUCAUUUGGCAAUUUGCACACAUAUGGAUCCGGAGGUUACACUUUUUACUUUUUCCCCAAAGAAGGAAGACAUAAUUCAACAACAAGGCUGGAUUUGCUGCAAAAGAGCCAUUGGAUCGAUGAAAAUACAUGGGCUCUGAUCAUUGAACUAACUACAUUUAACUCCGAUGUGCAGCUCUUCUGCAGUAUCUCAGUCAUAUUUGAACUUUCUUACCUGGGGAUCAUAAAACCAAGUUUGUCAGUGCACUCUUUUGCACUCCCCAUUUUUCAUCAGCAAACAAAAGGUCAACAGUUGCUUUUUGUUGUUUUUGUUGCCUUUCUGUUCAUUUACAUUGCAGAUGGCCUUUACAUCAUUGUACGAGGGAAAAAAUAUACUGAAACCCCUUCUAACUUAAUCAGUUUUGGCUUAGUAUCAACAUUCUUCCUUUUUGUUCUUUUAAGGGUCCUAAAGUUUAAGAUGGGAGCUGAUAUAGUGAAGUUCUACUUACUUCACCCAAAUGAUUUCAUUCCUUUUCAUGCAGUUUCUCAUUUAGAUCAGAUUUUAAGGAUUACUAUGGGCUUCUUGGCAUUUUUUGUAGUUUUGAGAACUCUAAAAUAUUCUCAAUUCUUUUAUGACGUGUGUCUGGCACAGCGAUCAAUCAUGGCAGCUCUUCCCGGAAUAUUCUCUAUGGCCCUUGUGGUGGUGGUGUACCUCUUUGUAUUUAUGGCUUUUGGCUACCUUGUGUUUGGCCAGCACGAUGACAAUUACAAUAGUAUGAUUCGCUCAGCUCAGACUAUAUUCUCUUACAGUGUUUUAGCUUUUAGAGACACUGACUUUUAUUCCAACAGGUUGCUGGGUGGUCUCUUCCUAGCCUCGUUCAUGUUUGUAAUGAUCUGUCUUUUGAUCAAUCUCUUCCAAGCUGUUAUUAUGUCUACCUACAGAGAUAUGAAACAACCUGUAUAUGAAGAACCAUCUGAUGAAGCCCAAGCAGUUGCUUUUUUAUUACAAAGGCUUAGAAAGAUACUGGGUUUUCUUAUCUGUAGAACAGCCAAAACAAGUGAACCCAAUCUUUUUCACAGUGUGCUCUAUGGCCAGCCUCAGAAGAGACGUCACCCUCAGCAUUUAGGCCUCAAGAACAGAAAAAUAAAUGGAAAAAAAAUGGUUUAUCUUGUCAUAUGAGCAAUGCAAGAUUUCAUAUUCCUGGUCAACUGUACUCUGUAAUACUUAUGUUUCCUGUAACACUUAUGUUUCCAUUAAAUGUUCAUAAAUAUUUUGUUUUAUUUUUAAGAAUGUAUUAACAUUCAACCCGCUGCUACUGAUUGUGCUUAGAGUUUCUCAGCAGAGAGAAAUUGUGCUGAGA